GGGAAACAAUCGACACAAUAUGUCGUCGAUAAAAAAUACUGCGAGUAUUUAAAAAGAGCAGGAGAAAAUUAUGUCUAUAAAUAGAGUUCACAUUCUAGCUUGAAGGACAAAACAGCCACACGGUCCUGAAGAAAAUCCAAACCCAGAAGCCAAAGAAGCCAUGGCUGGAGCCGAGACACUGCCCAAAGAAUACGGCUACGUUGUUAUCGUCCUCGUUCUCUACUGUUUUCUUAACACAUGGAUGUCUUUCCAAGUCGGCAAAGCUCGCAAGAAGUACAAAGUUUCCUAUCCGGCCAUGUAUGCUACGGAAGCUGAAAACAAGGAUGCAAAUCUCUUCAACUGCAUUCAGAGGGCACAUCAGAAUUCAUUGGAAUGGAUGCCGGUAUUUUUCUUGCUGAUGGUAUUGGGAGGAAUUAGGCACCCUUUGGCCUCUGCUUCCUUAGGAGCCUUUUAUAUCUUUGCUCGUUACGGCUAUUUCAAAGGCUAUUCUACCGGCAAUCCUGAGAAUCGCCUUACAGUUGGGAAAUACAAUUUCAUUGCGCUUCUGGGCCUCAUGAUCUGCACACUAUCUUGUGGAGUGAAUCUUCUUACCUCAUCAUGAGCAGAGGGUGUCGGCUGCUUUAGAAGAAUCUAUAAUUGCGUUUUUUUCCAUCGUUUGAGACGAUGCUCUAGGCAUCCUGUGUCAUUUUCCGUUAUGUUAUUUCAUAUUUACAUGUCUUGCUAUUGUAACUUAUUAAGUUUUUCCAAAUACAAAUGUCCCAGCUGCCAACCAUACGAUCAGCUUUAUGCACAUAAGCCAAAUAAGACAUUUAUGUAUACCUGAAGAAACCACAAUGUUUGAAGAGGAAAUGUUAAGCACGGUUGGGCCUUAGUAAUUAUUGCAUUUAGUUAGCAAUUGUUCUUACUGGACAUUUAAUGGGCUGGGGCCUUCUUUUAGAAUAGGGGUGUACACAUACCUUGUAUAAAUAUUGAUAUCAUGAAUAAAGUCAAACACAUGAAAAUUUACC